UCCAUAAACAAGCCACCGAAGUUGUCACGUUCACGUCAACACCGAGUGACGACUUCAUAAUUUUCGCCAUUUUGUUGUUAUCCGAAUCGACUUACGUACUAAAAUUAACAAGACGUCCGUGUUUUCCUACAACAGAAUAAAGGACAUGGAUAUAACCGCAUAUCUAACAACCCCCCUUCAACUGGAUAAAAUAUGUAGGACUUGCCUAUCUAUUAAAGGAGAUAUGAGACCUCUGUUUGGAGCAUGUUUAGAUGAAAUGCUUUCGUCUUUUGCUUCGAUUGAGGUUAAACAAGGGGACGAAUUACCAAAUUUGAUGUGUGUUCAAUGUGUUCUGCAAUGUAGCCGUGCAUACACUUUCAAGCAACUCUGUGAGAAAUCUGAUGGUAUUUUACGUCAGUAUAUUUCACCAGAAUUUCAGGCUCAAUUAGCUGAAAAUUUAUCCCAAGAACUGAGCAAAGAAGGUGUUCAGCCACCUCCAGAAGUACAACAGAUACAAGAGGUAGAACCAACUCAAGAGGCACAUCAUUCACAGGAAUUGGAACAAACCCAAGAAAUAAGUUUUUCUGCCGAUGACAUUUCAAAUGUUAUCAUUGAUGAUGGCAUUGCUACAAAUUUUGUAACCUACAACGAGGAAGAUGGAAUUAUUCAGGUCAUUGCUGCAGAUACAGGAGAAAUUCAAGAAGGACAAGUCCAGGUUGAGUUCAAAAAAGAAGAUGAAAAUAAAGAAAUAAAACCCAAAUUGAAGUAUCCUUGCACGAAAUGUUCGGAAUCUUUCCAGUUGAAAAUAGAUCUCAAAAUUCACCUCAUGACACACCACUAUUUGGUUUAUAUUUGUGAAGUGUGUAAGAAGCCUUUUGCAGAGGCGAGAAUACUCAAAAGACAUAUGAAAAUUCAUCUCGAUAAAAAACCACACGAGUGUGAUGAAUGUGGGAUGACUUUUGCAGAGAGUUCAAACCUCAACAAGCACAAGAAAAAACAUACUGGUGAAUUGAGAAAUAUUGUGGGAAAACCUCAUUUGUGUUCAGUUUGCGGAAGAGCUUUUAAAUGGGCCUCCAGCCUGUCCAAACAUAUGAAAUAUCACACGGGGCACAAACUCCUUUCAUGUGAAUAUUGUGGCAGGCAGUAUGUCGAGGCCAGAAGUUUGCGUAUCCACAUAAGGUCCCAUACAGGGGAGAGACCAUAUGUGUGCGAUGUUUGUGAAAAAAGUUUUACUCAACAUUGUAAUUUGGAGAAACACCUGAGGGUACAUACUGGUGAAAAACCGUACACCUGCCCUGUGUGUAACAAAGGGUUCACUCAGUCCGGCUAUGUGAGUAUUCAUAUGCGUACUCAUACUGGUGAACGUCCUUAUGUUUGUCAGACUUGCGGAAAAGCCUUUGCGGGUUCAAAUACAUUAACUAUUCACCAGAGAAUUCACACAGGUGAAAAACCUUAUAGAUGCCAAUACUGUGAUAAAGCUUUCAAUAGACAAGAGACCCUGGUUAUACAUACAAGGUCUCACACAGGGGACAAACCUCAUGUGUGUGAUGUGUGCCAUAGAGGCUUCACAUCUUCUGGACAUCUUACAGGUCAUAUGAGAACCCACUCGGGUGAAAAACCACAUGCUUGCAAUGUAUGUGGUAAAAAGUUUGCUGCUUCAAGCAGUUUGAAAGUUCAUAUGAAAAGCCAUAAUGUCGAACAGAAGACUUAUCACUGCAAACUGUGUAAUAAAAACUUUCAAGGUUUGGACAAUUUACAGGAUCAUUUAUCCAAACACAACCCAGAAUGUGCGUGGAUCAAAGAUGAGCUUGAUAAAAUUGAAACAGUUCAGGUUGCUGAAUUGAUAACAACGGAUCAAGCUGUACACACUCUCCAACUUGCUACAGUUUCUUCAGGAUAGAAGUUCAUUUUAGAAAUAAAACCACAUUGCCAUGAAGGAAAUUUACGUUCGAAAUCAUUCAUAUAGACUUAGAUAUUGUCUAUUUGUUUAUCUUAUGAAUUUUGUAUAGAAUUAUUAUAUAUUAUGUAUAUUCUAGAAAACCAUCUUCCACUGUGAAUAUCUGAAAAUUUAUUGUACAUAGAAUCAUCUUAAUAAAAGUUUUUUCAUACCCAUA